AUGCACGACUCCUUCGAUGCUAAACUGCAUUUUGUCGUCUUGGAGGCCAUCAGCUUGGUGUGUGAGGCCGUUCCCGGGACCAAAGGAGCCCUGCGCAAAAGAAAGCCGCCGUCCAAAGCGCUGUCCAGCAUCUUGGGGAAAAGCAACCUACAGUUUGCUGGAAUGUCCAUCAACCUGAACAUUUCCACCAGCAGCCUGAACCUGAUGACCCCCGACUGCAAACAGAUCAUCGCCAAUCACCACAUGCAGUCCAUCAGUUUUGCUUCUGGUGGAGACCCGGAAACCACAGAUUUUGUGGCUUACGUGGCGAAGGAUCCAGUGAAUCGCAGAGCGUGUCACAUCCUGGAGUGUGCGGAUGCUCUGGCUCAGGACGUCAUCAGUUCCAUCGGUCAAGCCUUCGACCUGAGGUUCCAGCUCUAUCUGCAGUGUCCUCCAAACAAGAUGUCCUCCACCACAGACAGGACACUAAACAUGGAGGAGCUGCCGUGGACUGAGGAAGAGGAGGAGUCUGCAGACCAUCCCUACUACAACAGCAUCCCCGGGAAGAUGCCGCCCCCUGGAGGCUUCAUCGACGCCCGGCUGACCAAUCAGAGCUCAGCAAACGACAGCCCACAGGGUCUGGGCUUAGUGGAUCAGACGUACUAUCAAGGACGACAUUCUGCGGAAAACUGGGGAGAAGAAAAAAGGCCCAUCGUCAUACAGCAAGGAUCCUUCGACAUCAGCAGUUUUCCCGACAGUAAAGCUCAGUCCAUGAACACGGGAGAGAUGCCGACGUACGUGAACACGCAGCAGAUCGACGCCCACGUCCUGGCAGCGCUGCACGCCGAGGCCGAGAGCACCACCACCAAGGGAGAGAGACCCACCGCAGAGAGAGAGAGACCCCCCAAAGACCUGUUCGACAUGAAGCCGUUCGAAGACGCCAUCCACUCCCGGUCCCGCUCACCGUCGCAGGGUCCCCCUCAGUCCCAGGUCUCGAGUCUCUACAAGGCGGCCUCGGUGGACAGUUCUAGCCCCCUCCUGGUGCGGGCGGUGGGGUUCCGGGCGCAGGAGGAGCUGGAGGAGAAGCCCUGGUACCACGGCAGGAUGAGCCGCAGAGACGCAGAGAAACUCCUGAACCACGACGGAGACUUUCUCGUUCGCAAAAGCACCACGAGCCCCGGGUCCUACGUCCUGACGGGAAUGCACAACGGACUGGCCAAGCACCUGCUGCUGGUGGACCCCGAGGGCACGGUGCGGACAAAGGACCGUGUGUUCGACAGCAUCAGUCACCUUAUAGGACAUCACCGUGACAACAACCUGCCCAUCGUCUCCGCGGGGAGUGAACUGUGCCUCCUGCAGCCGGUGGAGAGAAAACAGUGA